CUGGACUCAAACUCUAAUUUCACCCCUAAAACUGAGCCUCAUUCUGCACCGUCCGUCGAAAACACGUCAUCACUAUUGUCAGCCUUUGUCAAUCCCCGAAUUCAACACAGCAACAUAUUCAGCAUGAUGUUGUUCAACAACAGGAAACAAUCCGUAGAUGCAGGAGUCAAAGGGGUCGAUGAUAGGUUCGACUUGUUGGACCUGCUCGCCAUUCACGCAAGCUCAGGAAGGGUUCGCGCUGCCAUCAAUCCGCAGUUGGCGGAUGAGCGGGACCCUGUCCCAGCAGAGCUCAAGAUCUUGUCACAGUCUGGCCAAAUCCUUGUUGACUUCCCAUUCUUCAACUUGCCCAAGCGAGACUAUCAAGUUUCGAUUGAUUCUCAAUCCGGACUUGUCAAAGGACAUAUUGUUCAUGGCCAAAAGACGUCGGUCACCUCGGGUUCGGGGGGCAUCGACUUGCAAGUCACGCCUUUUGAUCCAAAAACCUCUUCGAGUCUGCAAACCGAGAGUAGAUCUGGAGCGCAAAGGGUGUCGCUAUUGAGCCCAGCAACUUCGGGGACUAUCAAAGAUAUGUCGAGUUCACACAGGAGCCUGUCUGGGGCAUUGGCUUUGCGUUAUCCAAGGGAAUGGGAGGGUACCAUUGAGGGAAGCACAAAAUCUGGAAAAAUUCAGGUUCACGGAAGCGGUGUGGAGGUUGUUCGUCAAGAGUCCGACAAGUUGCAUCAUUAUCUCCUGGCAAGAAAGGGGAAUGGCAAGAGUAAGCUCAACUUCCAGACUGGAAGUGGUGGCGUGGACAUUUACUUUGAAUGAACAAUCACAAUGUUCAAACCCGGGUCUAGAAUAGCGAGUGCACUGCGCUUUAGUUCAAGCUAGUAUGACAGCUCAGAGAUUGAAUUGCUUGUUGGCUACUUGUCUUUAUCGGAAAACAUG